AAUACCCCCCCCUCUUGCGAGACGGCAGGUUGUCUGUCCCAUAGGGUAAGGUCUGUCGGCUCAGCAAGAAGCUCCCGGACAGCGGGAGCGAGACAGUUGGCGCUACAUCGCAUUCCGGUCCUCGACAACAACAUCUGUGAAGCGUCUCACGCGCAACAUUCCUCGGCAUUCUGGCCGAUAUUACAUCGCCAUGGACGGCACUCCCUCUCGCCCGCCUGGCUACUCCCGGGCCAACUACAACGACGACGACGACGACGACCGCAUGAGCCCCAGCAGCCCGGGCACAAAUCCGGCGGCAGUCAGAUUAUUAACAUCUAUGGAGGAGUCGCUACCAGACAGCCGACCGUUUAGGCCCACGCCCCGCCGAACGUACCAGCCGUCGAUCAGAUCCACCCGCUCGCGAACAUCCUCGAUCCUCGAUCCACCCCAUAUCACACCGCUAGACUCGGCAUACGACGCGUACCGACAGCGGGGCGCCGAGUCCCCCCGCCCCUGGACCCCAUCGUCGAGGAUGUCUGGAACGUCCGACUACACGCGCCCUCCCCCCUCCAGCAUGCACUACGAACCCGCAGACAUCGACGGGGUCCCCAGACCGGGCACGCCGUCAUCGAGAUACGGCGGCAGCCCCCGCAGGCCGCUGCCCCCCGCCCCGAUGUUCGCCCCAUCCGUGCGCGACUCGACUUACACGGGAGACGACGCGACGGUGAGCAUACCCCUCGACGGCGCACACGACGACGUAUUCGGAGCCGAGUCGGACAUCAGCGGCGCGCAACCGUACGACGAGGAUUCCUACGGGUACCAGUCGCAGGUCACCCUCAGCGAGGAGAGCCAGUCGCAGGCGCCUUUCGAGGACAAGGUCGAGCACUACGGCGCGGCGCCGGAGGGGAAGCAGGAGCGGCGCGGGGUGCGGGCGCCGGUGACGUCGAAGAAGGAGGUGCAGCUCAUCAACGGCGAGCUGAUCCUCGAGUGCAAGAUCCCGACGAUCCUGUACAGCUUCCUGCCGCGGCGCGACGAGAUCGAGUUCACGCACAUGCGGUACACGGCGGUGACGUGCGACCCGGACGACUUCGUCGAGAAGGGGUACAAGCUGCGGCAGAACAUCGGCCGGACGGCGCGCGAGACGGAGCUGUUCAUCUGCGUGACGAUGUACAACGAGGACGAGAUCGACUUCACGCGCACGAUGCACGCCAUCAUGAAGAACGUGAGCCACUUCUGCGGCCGCAGCAAGUCGCGGACGUGGGGCGAGAACGGGUGGCAGAAGAUCGUGGUGUGCAUCGUGUCGGACGGGCGCGAAAAGGUGCACCAGCGCACGCUCGACGCGCUCGCGGCCAUGGGCGUGUACCAGCACGGCAUCGCGAAGAACUUCGUCAACCAGAAGGCGGUGCAGGCGCACGUGUACGAGUACACGACGCAGGUGUCGCUCGACUCGGACCUCAAGUUCAAGGGCGCGGAGAAGGGCAUCGUGCCGUGCCAGAUGAUCUUCUGCCUCAAGGAGCGCAACCAGCGCAAGCUCAACUCGCACCGCUGGUUCUUCAACGCGUUCGGCAAGGCGCUGAACCCGAACGUGUGCAUCCUGCUGGACGUCGGGACCAAGCCGGGCACGAACUCGCUGUACCACCUGUGGAAGGCGUUCGACACGGACUCGAGCGUGGCGGGCGCGUGCGGCGAGAUCAAGGCGAUGAAGGGCCGGCUCGGCAGCAACCUGCUGAACCCGCUGGUGGCGUCGCAGAACUUCGAGUACAAGAUGUCCAACAUCCUCGACAAGCCGCUCGAGUCCGUGUUCGGGUACAUCACGGUGCUGCCGGGCGCGCUCAGCGCGUACCGCUACCACGCGCUGCAGAACGACGAGACCGGCCACGGCCCGCUCAGCCAGUACUUCAAGGGCGAGACCCUGCACGGCCAGCACGCCGACGUCUUCACCGCCAACAUGUACCUCGCCGAGGACCGCAUCCUCUGCUGGGAGCUCGUCGCGAAGCGGAACGAGCGGUGGGUGCUCAAGUACGUCAAGGGGUGCACCGGAGAGACGGACGUGCCGGACACCGUCCCCGAAUUCAUCUCGCAGCGGCGGCGCUGGCUCAACGGGGCCUUCUUCGCGGCCGUGUACUCGCUCGUGCACUUCCGGCAGAUCUGGGUGACGGACCACACGGUGGCGCGCAAGGUGCUGCUGCACAUCGAGUUCGUGUACCAGUUCCUGCAGCUGCUGUUCACGUACUUCUCGCUGGCCAACUUCUACCUGGCCUUCUACUUCAUCGGCGGCGGGCUGACCGACCCCGAGAUCGACCCGUUCGGCCACAACGUGGCGCUCUACAUCUUCACCGUGCUGCGGUACACGUGCGUGCUGCUCAUCAGCAUGCAGUUCAUCAUCUCGCUCGGCAACCGGCCGCAGGGCGCCAAGAAGCUCUACCUCGCCAGCAUGGUCGUCUACGGCGUCAUCAUGGUGUACAACACGUUCGCGUGCAUCUUCAUCGUGAUCCACACGGUGCGCGACACGGACCGGCUCAUGCUCGGCAACAACGUGUUCACGAACCUGAUCGUGUCGACGGCGUCGACGGUCGGGCUGUACUUCCUGAUGAGCUUCCUGUACUUCGACCCGUGGCACAUGUUCACGAGCUCGGCGCAGUACUUCGCGCUGCUGCCGAGCUACAUCUGCACGCUGCAGGUGUACGCGUUCUGCAACACGCACGACGUGACGUGGGGCACCAAGGGCGACAACGUGAUGCGGACGGACCUGGGCGGGGCGGUGGGCCAGGGGUCGACGGUGGAGCUGGAGAUGCCGUCGGAGCAGCUGGACAUCGACAGCGGGUACGACGAGGCGCUGCGCAACCUGCGGGACCGGGUGGAGGUGCCGGCGGCGGCGCCGAGCGAGUCGCAGAUGCAGGAGGACUACUACAAGAGCGUGCGCACGUACAUGGUGGUCAUCUGGAUGGUGGCCAACGCGAUCCUGGCCAUGGCCGUCAGCGAGGCCUACGGCUACCGCGACGUCGGCAACAACUUCUACCUCAGCUUCAUCCUGUGGGCCGUCGCCGCGCUCGCCAUCUUCCGCGCCCUCGGCAGCACCACCUUCGCCGUCAUCAGCGCCGUCAACACCGUCGUCGAGGGCCGCGUCCGCAUGAGCCUCAAGGUCCCCGAGUGGAUGGGCGGCCUCGGCUCCCGCAUCAGCGACAAGAUCAGCGACACCAUGACGAGCAUCGGGAGCAGCGUCAGGGUGUGAGGGGAGCUGGCGCGUUUUUUUUUUUCCCCUCUUCUCCUUCUCACCUCCUCUCUGCUUGUAUUUUUGCGUUGUCUCCCACCCUCCGGUGCCUGUCCCGGCGGUCCUGCUUGCUCGUUUUGCUGCUGCUCGGGAUGUUGCGGGGGACAUGGGCACCCUGUUGAUGGAGGCGUUAUUGACGAAAAUUCUUUUUUUUAUUUUAUUCCCGUUUCAGAAAUUAGAGGGACUUCUCUCCCGGCCGCACUUGGGCGCGUGUUCGGGGCUUGACGAAUGGA